UGGAAGUAUUACUAUUUACUUUAUUUACACCUAUGAAAAGUACACUUUUAAGUUUGGGUGAACAAAAUGCAAUAUUUAAGAUGUCAAUACAUCCGAGAGUUAUCCAAAAGCAAGGAUGUUUAAAGUGGAGCUGGUGCCGACGUGGUAUACCUAAUACAUUUUGGUUCAAGGAAUUGGCAUUUCUGCAUGAUUUUGUCAAAAUAAGAAAAGACAAUUGCAGUUUAUUAGGACAAAAUUCUUCACAGCAUGAAGAUUUUUGCGAUUCUCCAGACAUUUUAGAAGGCCUUGUUGAUUCAUAUGCAGCACCACCAAUAAAAAAAAAAAAUGAAAGCGAACUAUCAAACGCCGGUUUCAAGUCACAACAUGUGCAAAGAGGAUGAUAUGCUGGAAGCUGCUGUUUCUGUAUUGAAAAUUUGUCCAAUCCUACCGUCAAUGAGGAGGACGACGAAUUUUGCAAUUUUAUGAAACAAGAAUUUAAGACGAUCUCAAACAGAGAUACUCGAGACAAACUUAUCCAGACAAUGAUGUGAGCUAUGUUGGAAGUAAAAAAACAACAAUACAUGCUGGAUAAAGAAAACAUUUUAGAUGUUUGAAAAUACGCAGUAUUU